UUGUUAGUAGCACCUAAUAAAACAACUCUUAGAUCCUGAAGAAUCACUCAAAUAGUCAUCUUUAAAACGUCAAGUGUGAGUCUUUUAUUUUGAAGCAGGUAACCAGUACGCAUCCAUUUAGUCUAAAAGCUCAGCGCUGGGCGGAGCUCUCCUCGUGACACUCACGUGAUUUGUAAACAGGAAGUGUCUGGUCUGUUACUGCAGAGGAUCUUGCCAGCACUGAGGAGACUGAAUGAAUCUUUGAUCAGAGAGCAGACCUGCUGUUUUCUUCCUCAUCAUGGUGGACUUCCUGGCAGAGAACAACCUGUGUGGUCAGGCCAUCCUGAGGAUCGUGUCCAGAGGAAACGCCAUCAUAGCUGAGUUACUCAGGCUCUCAGAGUUCAUUCCUGCAGUUUUCAGACUCAAAGACAAGAGCGACCAGCAGAAAUAUGGAGAUAUAAUCUGUGAUUUCAGCUACUUUAAGGGUCCGGAGUUUUAUGAGAGUAAACUGGAAGCAAAGCCAGAGCUGCAGGAUUUGGAUGAGGAGUUUCGGGAAAAUAACAUUGAGAUAUUGACACGCUUCUACCUGGCCUUUGAGAGCGUCCAUAAAUAUGUUGUAGACUUGAUAAGGUACUUGGAUGAUCUCAAUGAAGGGGUCUACAUUCAGCAAACACUAGAAACUGUUUUAUUGAAUGAAGAUGGGAAACAGCUCCUGUGUGAGGCUCUGUACCUGUAUGGAGUCAUGUUACUGGUCAUUGAUCAGAAGAUGGAGGGAGAGGUGAGAGAAAGGAUGCUGGUGUCCUACUACAGAUACAGUGCUGCUCGCUCUUCGGGUGACUCAAACCUGGACGACAUCUGCAAGCUCCUGCGUAGCACGGGAUACUCCAGCCACCCGGGGGCCAAACGGCCCCCCAACUACCCUGAGAGCUACUUCCAGAGAGUUCCCAUCAGCCCCACGUUCCUCAGUAUGGUGAUCGGCCGCCUCCGCUCUGAUGACAUUUACAACCAGGUCUCUGCGUAUCCUCUGCCGGAGCACCGCAGUACAGCGCUGGCAACGCAGGCCGCUAUGCUGUGUGUCUGCUUAUACUUCACCCCCUCCAUCCUGCACACACAACAGGCCAAGAUGAGAGAGAUCGUGGACAAAUACUUCCCCGACAACUGGGUUAUAAGCAUAUACAUGGGGAUCACCGUGAAUUUGGUGGAGGCGUGGGAACCAUAUAAAGCUGCUAAAACAGCCCUGAACUACACGCUGGACACCGCUAACAUCAGAGAACAGGCCGGUCGAUACGCUGCCAGUGUGGAGAGUUUGCGCCCGCGGGUGCAGCAGUCAUUGAAAGAGGGAUUCCUGAGAGAAGAAAUCAUUCUGGACAACAUUCCCAAACUGCUCAACUGCCUUCGUGACUGUAACGUUGCCAUCCGCUGGCUGAUGCUGCACACUGCAGAGUCCGCUUAUGAUCCAAACAACAAGAGACUGCGUCAGAUCAAAGAUCAAGUCAUCAACGACUCCAAAUACAAUCCCAAAAUUCUGUUUCAGCUGCUGCUGGACACGGCCCAGUUUGAGUUCAUACUCAAAGAGAUGUUUAAGCAGAUGUUGGCAGAGAAGCAGCUGAAGUGGGAGAGCUAUAAGAAAGAGGGAUCAGAGAGAAUGAUGGAGCUGGCCGAGGUGUUUUCUGGGGUCAAACCUCUCACCAGGGUGGAGAAAAACGAGAAUCUUCAGGCCUGGUUCAGAGAGAUCUCCAAACAGAUCGAGUCGCUGAACUAUGAGGACUCGACCGCAGCCGGCAGGAAGACUGUGCAGCUCAUUCAGGCUCUCGUGGAGGUCCAAGAGUUCCACCAGCUGGAGUCCAACCUGCAGGUGAGUCAGUUCCUGGCGGACACACGCAAGUUCCUCCAUCAGAUGAUCCGCACCAUCAACAUCAAAGAGGAAGUGCUCAUCACCAUGCAGAUAGUGGGAGAUUUGUCCUACGCCUGGCAGAUCAUUGACAGCUUCACAUCAAUAAUGCAAGAGAGUAUCAGAGCAAACCCCUCCAUGGUGACCAAACUCAGAGCCACUUUCCUGAAGCUUGCGUCUGCGCUGGAUCUGCCUCUCCUCCGAAUCAACCAGGUCAACAGUCCAGAUCUGCUGAGCGUGUCUCAGUUUUACUCUGGGGAGCUGGUGGCUUAUGUCAGAAAGGUUCUGCAGAUCAUCCCAGAGAGUAUGUUCACCUCGCUGGCCAAAAUCAUCAAACUGCAGAUCCAUGACAUUAUGGAGGUGCCCACACGUCUGGACAAAGACAAGCUGAAGGACUACGCUCAGCUCAGUGCCCGCUAUGAGGUAGCUAAACUCACUCAUGCCAUCUCAGUCUUCACUGAAGGUAUUCUGAUGAUGAAGACCACACUCGUCGGCAUUAUCAAGGUGGAUCCGAAGCAGCUUCUGGAGGACGGGAUCAGGAAAGAGCUGGUCAAACGUGUUGCUUACGCUCUGCACAAAGGCCUCAUCUUCAACCCCAAAGCCAAACCCAGUGAACUGAUGCCAAAGCUGAAGGAAAUGGCUGCCACCAUGGAUGGGUUUUACCGCUCGUUUGAAUACAUUCAGGAUUACGUGAGCAUCUACGGCCUGAAGAUCUGGCAGGAGGAAGUGUCUCGUAUCAUCAACUACAACGUAGAGCAGGAGUGCAACAGUUUCCUCAGAACCAAGAUCCAAGACUGGCAAAGCGUCUACCAGUCCACCCACAUUCCCAUUCCCAAGUAUCCGUCCGUUGAUGAAUCGGCCACGUUUAUUGGACGUCUCUGCAGGGAAAUCCUGAGGAUCACAGAUCCAAAAACGACGUGUUACAUUGAUCAGCUGAACACCUGGUACGACGUGAGGACGCAUCAGGAAGUGACCAACAACCGACUCUUCUCUGAGAUUCAGGACACGCUGGGAACCUUCGGCCUGAACGGACUCGACCGACUCUUGUGUUUCAUGAUCGUGAAAGAGCUGCAGAAUUUUCUGACAGUCUUUCAGAAGAACAUCUUGAAGGACAAAGCUGUGGUUGACAUCUUUAAAGCUCUGCUGACGGCUGUCAAUCCUGUCAAAGGGAUUGUGGCAAAUGCAAGCAAAGUCUACGCCAACGCUGCGGCCAAAACUCAGAAGAUCUGGCCAGCGUAUCUGGAGGCCAUCAUGAAGGUGGGUCAGAUGCAGGUCUUGAGGCAGCAGAUCGCAAAUGAACUGAACUACUCCUGCAAAUUUGACUCGAAACACCUCGCUGCGGCGCUGGACAAUCUGAACAAGUCUCUGCUGUCUGAUAUCGAAGCUCAUUACCAGGAUCCAUCGCUGCCGUAUCCCAAAGAAGACAACACUCUGCUCUACGAGAUCACCGCGUAUCUGGAGGCCGCUGGAAUCCACAACCCACUCAACAAAAUCUACAUCACAACAAAGCGUCUGCCUUACUUUCCCAUUGUGAACUUCCUGUUCCUCAUCGCGCAGCUGCCAAAACUGCAGUACAACAAAAGCCAAGGCAUGACGUGCAGGAGGGCAGCGGAUCAAGUGGAUUGGGCUCCUCUGGUUUUGGGUCUCCUGACGCUGCUCAAACAGUUUCAUUCCAGAUACACGGAACAUUUCCUGGCUCUGAUCGGACAGUUUAUUCGCUCCAUAAUGGAGCAGUGCACCAGUCAGAAGAUUCCAGAUAUGCCCUCAGAUGUAGUCGGAGCGUUAAUGUUUCUGGAGGACUAUGUGCGUUACACUAAACUGCCCAGAAAGGUGGCGGAGGCUCAUGUGCCAAGUUUCAUUUUCGAUGAAUUCAGGACUGUACUGUAAAUGUGCCUGUUGUAAUGUCGAAUCAUAUCUGAUAUCAUUUGUCUUUCUCUUAAACCACUAAUGAAAUUGAUUAACAUUUUUAACAUUUAAGUUUUAAAACAUGAUCAUCCUUUGUAGCCGUUACUGACCUGAUGUGUCUGCUGGUGUAAUAAAUGCCGUAUGUGUGUAAGUUUUGAUUACAACUUUUUAGGACAUUUACACACUUUUGAAGAAUUAAUCUCUAACUCACAACCUCUCAAGAUUUAUUGCUUUUAUAAAAUGGUGGCAACUGCAAUAAGAUAAAAACAAUUUUGUGGAUGUGGUUCAUUGGUGUAAAUGUACUCUGUGGCUCAUCCAAUCAGAAUUUAGAGUAAGAAUUAUUCUGAAACCGUACACAAGAACUUUUUUUUUUGCACAGAACACACAAGACAUGAUUUGAAUGAAAGUUUUACUUUUAUCUUAAAUAUAUUACAAUACUGAAUGGAUACUGUAUGAAAAAAAUGAGCAUGUAUCAUUUUAAUUGUCAGUCUAUGUACAGCACACAAUGAACAAAAACAGCCAUGAAGAAUCUAUGAAUAUCAACACCGUGUACACGGUCACGACAGAGAGAGUGACAGCGGCUGACCGCAGAAAGCACUGCAAAGACCUGAAUUACAGCUGCAAAAAAAUCACUGUCCUGGAUUCCAGAGUAUGUGUUCGUGAGAGAGAUCACUACAGAAGCUUGUUUCCAACAUAGGAUAAAAAUAAUUGCAAUUUUUAGGAAAAAACAUUGAAUGGUGAGAUAACUUUUUAUUUUUUAUUUCACUUUUUUAAGAAAAGCAACCACCUUUAUUAUUAUUAAUAAUCCUGUGGUGAAAACAGGCUUCCAUAGAUCUCAGAGUGGGUGUGGCUAUGUGUGAAAAUAUGAAUUUUCUUAAAUACAUUCAUAGGUAUUUUGGUUGUGUCCUUCAGUCAGGGAUCAAUGUGCUGAGAUACCUCGAUUAAUAGGACUAGCAUCAGACUCGGUUUGACAGACACGUUUAUUCCAGUACGAGUGUGCAUUUGUUUCGGACAGGUCAGGGUCACAGUGAGCACAGAGUAUUGCUUCAGAUGGUCAGUUGUUAUAAACGAAUAUAAACUAUACUGAGUUAUUGUUCAUGUUCUUUGUGUGAGUUUAGUCUCCUGAUGUUUAAACUGCUAAUACAAACACAGAAAAUCAUCAUGUUCCACGUGAUGUACAGAGGCGACCUGUUAAUGAAAUAAAACGUUUGCACAAAACCUA